ACGCCGACGACGCCGAUGCCGACGACGCCCGCGCCGCCUUCCCCAGCUCUACCAGAUAUUGCAAAUGUCAGGGGACAACUAACUCCCUCCGUAGGACACACGACUCGUCGUUCCGAAGCCUUCAGGAUUUAUACACCCCCCGCACGUUACAUGGCACAAGUAGUCGGGCGUGAUGGCAUCCUUCGCCUAGUGGGUCCCGCGCUACCGGCUUUUACGCUUAUCCUUCGUCUUUUCGCCUGGGUUGCGGUCCGGUUUUUACUUAACAACUAUUGCAUCGAUCGCCACGGUCUCGUGUCCCAAUUCGGCAUGGUACUGUCUGGAGCUUGGUUCGAGGUUGCCGCAUUUUUUGCCGUUGUAAUACUCGCCACGCGAUGUCGGCCCACGUGGUGGUUUUCCACAGGAAGUUCAUUGCCAACCAGUCCCGUAUCGUCGACGGAAAGGCUGAAACGACGCAGGACUCUGCGAGAUGUGCCAGGACCAAUCGGCCUCCCCGUCCUCGGCACGAGGUGGAUAUACACGUUUCUGGGUAGUUAUCGGAUGACCAAAAUACACGACGCGUACAAAGACCUGCAUCGCCGUUACGGAAGCAUAUGCAAGGAGGAGGCGCUGUGGAAUUGGCCUGUCGUUUCGGUCUUCGCGAAGAAGGACAUCGAGGCGAUUCUAAGGCGAAGUUCUCGGUAUCCCCUCCGACCUCCGUCCGAAGUUAUUUCGUACUAUCGCCGAUCGAGACCGGAUCGUUACACAAAUCUUGGACUCGUGAACGAGCAGGGGGAAGUUUGGCACAAAUUACGGAGCGCUCUCACUCCGGAGUUAAUGAGUGCAACAACGGUCCUUGGCUUCCUUCCGGCGUUGAAUCAAGUCACCGACGAUUUCGUUAGUCUUAUACGUCAGCAGAAGGAGACGAAGCACAACUGUGUCACGGGAUUCGAGGAACUCGCCUACAGGAUGGGUCUCGAAAGUACGUGUACCCUGAUUUUGGGACGACGUCUGGGAUUUCUUGAGCCAGAUACCGGAGCCCUGACGGCUAGGCUGGCUGACGCGGUGCGCAUUCACUUCCGGGCAUCGCGGGAUGCUUUUUACGGUCUCCCUUUGUGGAAGCUAGUCGUUACUAAAGCAUACGCAGAGUUGAUUUCCAGCGAGGAUGCCAUUUAUGACACGAUAUCGGAACUUCUGGAUACCACAACGUGGGAUCAGCGAGAUGACGCGAACGACGAAUCGGUCGAAGCUGUUUUCAAAUCUAUACUGCGAGAAAAGAAUUUGGAUAUGCGGGAUAAGAAAGCUGCGAUUGUAGAUUUCAUUGCCGCUGGUAUUCAUACCCUUGGUAACACCCUCGUGUUUCUUCUCGAUCUAAUCGGACGUAACAAAGAAGUGCAGAGGUGUCUUCACGAGGAAGUAUCCGCCCUUGCACCACCGGGAUGUAAUCUUGCCGCGGAUGAUUUGCGCGACGCCAAGUAUCUCCGCGCUUGCAUUUUCGAGGCAUACAGAGUUCUACCAACAACACCGUGCAUAGCCCGCAUACUUGAAGAGCCUAUGGAAUUGGGAGGAUAUGAUAUCAAAUCUGGCACCGUAGUUCUGUGUCAGACGUGGAUAGCAGGCCUGGAAGAAGAGAAUUUCCGAGAUGCCGACAAAUUUAUGCCAGAACGAUGGCUUACAAGUGUUGUUCCUCAUUCGCCUCUUCUCGUUGCCCCGUUUGGAUCCGGUCGACGAAUAUGUCCGGGAAAGCGUUUCGUGGAGCAAGCUCUUCAAUUGAUACUAGCUAAGAUGGUUCGAGAAUUUAACAUUAGCGUUACCGAAGAUCUAGAAUUGCAGUUUGAAUUUAUAGUUGCACCGAAACCACCGGUGAAAAUUUGUUUUGAGGAUCGUUUGAUCGCGAAUUGAAUUAUUACUGUUGUAAUAAUUGAACAAAGUUAUUUAUCUGUAUUACUCGUGGUUACAGAAGGCAGGAGGAUCAUGCAGAGGGUAACUAAUUGUACAUAUGCGAUAUGUGUAUUUUAGAUUAGUAUUUUUUCAAUUGUUAUCGAACAUUCGGUUUUCUUUUCGUGCUGUAGAUUCGUGUUACAUACGUAUUCAUAAAUAUUUUGUGCGUUCAAAUUACUGAUAGCGAUAUAGGUGUGAUACAGGUAUAAUUUAAAUUCAACUCGAUUGAAUUAUGGAGAUCGAUACGAUAAUGUGAUUUUUAAGGACUCGCGAUACCGAGAUUUGUAUUUCUGUAUAAUUUAUACACAAAGGUGAAACCCGGCAUAUUUUGUUUCAAACGAAUACAAGAUCACAUAUUUAAUCAUUGUAGCAUAUUACAUACCCACACAAUCUACGAUUAAUAAUAUUUAAAGUAUGCUAUAUAUGACUGUUUUUCCGACUCAUCAAGUGUAUUUUCCAACAAAAUAUUUUACGAUAUAUGUAUACAUUAAAAUAAUGUUUUCUGGUAUUAGCGUACUAUCGCUUGUAAAUUUUGUUAUUUAUUUAACGUUAUUCGUGUAAUUCUCUGACGAUAAUGUGUAGCAGCUAUAGUUAUUGUUCUCGAUGGUGCACGAAUAACUGUAUGAUUUAGCAUGUGAAGAAAUUAGCUAGUCGUAUCUUGUUAAGUAUACAUGAUGGUCAGAAGUAUUUUCGUCUGUUUUAUUUUUGUUUGUCAAUAAAUGAAAACGAAUUCGGUUUGAUUCUUAUACUUACUACCUGUUUGUAUCAAUUUUACCAAAUUUUCUUCUCUCAGGCGUAUUUAAAAGUUUCGUGAAUUUGGUUUAUAAAUACACGUCAACUAGAGUUGCGCAUAUAAUUAAUGCGUUAUUAUUUUCAUUGGGCCAUGUAAUCCACCAAAUGAAACCACCAAAGUCCCCAAGCAUCUUCAAAAAUUAUCAUCGAUAAGUUUUGGGAAAUAUGUUUAUCCCGUUAGUCUUGUCUACUGCGUGAGCGAUGAGUAGAAAAAAAUUAUUAUCAUACAAAAAGUUAGAUAGUCAGUUUGAAACAUAUAAGACCCUGUCCGCUUUAAAGAUUUUAGACAGGUAUCAGGUAUUGUGGUUAAGACCACGUAAAAAUAACUUAAGAAGGACAUCUGUAUAUGAAAAAUAUUUUUCGAUUGUCGGAAGAAUGUUUCUGGUACAAAUAUUGGUUUCCAAAUAAGGAUGUUACAGUUAUACCAUAUUUUAUUGGAAAAAUAAUAUGAAUGUAUGGUAUAUUUAUAUUUAUGCGUCGUUAGUUGAUCUAACGUUGCAGUCGAUGGUAUAACAAACAUAGGUAUAAUAUGUCUGCGACUACUCUGUUUAUACACGGUUUGAUAAAGAC